AUGCGCUUCUCCUUUCCCCCCAUCGCUUCCCUUGCUGAGCAUAAUCUCCCAGCGGUGGGAGAGCUGAGUUCCACCCUGAUGGAGAGGAUGCAGGCCCAGGAGCUAAUGAGCAGUCUACGGCUGCCUGAGCUGGACGAGUUAACCCAGUUCUUCCGCUCCCUGCCCACCUCCACGCUGGUGGGAAUUGGUGCUCUGACUGCUGUGCUGGCCUACUGGCUGGCCACACGGCCACGCGCCAUCUCUCCUCCCUGCAACCUCCGGCACCAGUCUGAGGAAGUGCUGCAUGAAGAUGGGGGUCGCAGGUCCAUGCUGGGGGACAGCCCCAAUAAGCUGCUGGCACACUACCAUGAGGAUGCCAAGACCAUGUACGAGGUGUUCCAGAGAGGCCUCCACAUAGCCGGUGAUGGACCUUGUUUAGGCUCCCGGCUACCCGACCAGCCUUACAAGUGGCUGUCUUAUAAAGAGGUCACGACCCGGGCGGAGCACUUGGGGUCGGGGCUGCUGAGCCAGGGCUGCACGCCGAGCCCAGAUCAGUUCAUCGGAGUGUUUGCACAGAACAGGCCAGAGUGGAUCAUUUCGGAGCUGGCCUGCUACACCUACUCUAUGGUGGUGGUGCCUCUGUAUGACACACUAGGGCCUGAUGCCAUACGGUACAUCAUUAACACUGCCGACAUCAUCACAGUGAUCUGCGACAAGCCUGAGAAGGCCCAGGUGCUGCUGGGUAACGUGGAGAGGCAGGACACCCCCGGGCUGAAGAGGAUCAUCCUCAUGGACCCCUUUGACCCUGCCCUGCUGGAGCAGGGGGAAGGCUGCGGGGUCAUCGUCCAGUCCAUGCAAGACGUUGAGGCACUGGGCAGAGAGAAGCAUAGAAAUCCCAUGCCACCUACACCAGAAGACCUGUCCAUCGUGUGCUUCACCAGUGGUACCACAGGAAACCCAAAGGGAGUCAUGCUGACACACGGGAAUGUAGUGGCUGAUUUCUCAGGCUUCCUCAAAGUCACAGAUAAAGUCAUAUUCCCAAACCAAGACGAUGUUCUCAUCUCCUUCCUGCCUUUGGCUCACAUGUUUGAGAGACUCAUUGAGUCUGUGGUGUAUUGUCACGGUGGCCGGAUCGGCUUUUUCCAAGGUGACAUCCGCCUGCUGUCUGAUGACAUGAAGGCCUUACGGCCCACCAUCUUCCCCGUGGUGCCUCGAUUGCUCAACCGCAUGUACGACAAGAUCUUCAGCCAGGCCAACACCCCAUUGAAGCGCUGGCUGCUGAACUUUGCAGCCAAGAGAAAAGGGUCAGAGGUCAGCCGUGGGAUCAUCCGCAUGGACAGCCUGUGGGAUAAGAUAUUCUUCAGUAAGAUACAGGCCAGCCUGGGUGGGAGGUUACGUAUGAUUGUAACUGGAGCUGCUCCGGCCUCCCCCACCGUACUGGGAUUUCUCAGGGCAGCACUGGGUUGUCAGGUGUAUGAGGCGUAUGGCCAGACGGAGUGUACUGCUGGUUGUACUUUCACCACUCCUGGAGACUGGACCUCAGGUCAUGUGGGGGCACCACUGCCAUGUAACCUCAUCAAGCUGGUGGAUGUGGCUGAAAAGAACUACUUUGCUGCCAAAGGAGAAGGAGAGGUGUGUGUGAAAGGGCCCAAUGUUUUUAAGGGCUACCUUAAAGACCCAGGGAGGACGGCUGAAACGCUAGACACAGACGGUUGGCUCCACACCGGAGACAUAGGGAAAUGGUUACCUAACGGUACACUAAAGAUCAUUGACCGGAAGAAGCACAUCUUUAAGCUGGCCCAGGGAGAGUACAUCUCCCCUGAGAAGAUAGAGAACAUUUACAUCCGCUGUGAGCCUGUGACCCAGCUCUACGUCCAUGGUGACAGUCUACAGUCCUGUCUGGUUGCCAUAGUUGUUCCUGACCCAGAGACAAUGCCUGCUUGGGCCCUGAAGAAAGGCAUGGAGGGGAGCUAUCGGGACCUCUGUAAAAAUACUGUCCUGAAGAAAGCCAUCAUGGAAGACUUGCAGCGACUGGGCAAGGCGAGCGGCCUCCACUCAUUUGAGCAGGUGAAAAACAUCUACGUCCAUAAUGAGCAAUUCUCCAUUCAGAAUGGCCUGUUGACUCCGACACUAAAAGCAAAGAGACCUGAGCUGAGGGAGUUUUUCAAGGAGAAGAUUGAAGACCUGUACGAAAACAUCUCCAUGUGAAACACUACCACGACCACAAACUAAAAGCCUGGUUCUCAGCAACAUCACUCCUCAUUCACAUUUCUCCUUCACUCCACUUCACCCCUAUGAAACCACAAAAACAGACUCAAAUCAGCCAAACAAGUGACUGUGGUUCAGGAAGGAAUAAUCGAUUUCUCUUUUGACGCCCGCUGACCGAGUGUUGCCCGCUGCCCCACGGCAGCCAAUGUAGAUCUACAACCAAAUCAGCCUCCUCUCCAUCUUGAAACGGCAGCAACAGACAGUCAACAUAGCCUGCACGUUCCUCUUUCCUUUGUAGGCCUAUCAAAACAUAACUUAAAGAUUGCAUCAGUUUUUUUUCCUACAUGAUGUGCUCAGAGUUUGCCUGGUAAGAACAUACAUACAUGGGCUAAGGGCAGUGCAUGCAGUGUGCUCUGCAUUGCUGGGACUGUUGUUACAUGAUACUUCAAAAUUUGUCCUGGGAUUUUCUGGUCGUCGACAGUCAAACUGUAAGGCUUUCUCAUGUAGUCGAUAUCGACAAGCUCCAUCCAUUGACGGAGGUUAGAACAAAAUGGACAGUGACAUUUUGGGUUUACAUAGUACAAAUGUAUAGGCUUUUGAGUUAAUUCUGGUCGCAAAGUAUCACUAUGUAGAUGUAGAUGUAAGCAUAUGAAUGGAUUUUUUUGCUUGUAGUGAGAUGAAUUGUAACUUUCAUUGAAUUUUCUGUCAUAUGGAAUCAUCACCAUAUCCUUGUAUUGAAUGAGUGCAGCA